AUGGUUCCAAUGUAUGCAUCGACCGAAGAAGUACUUAGAACCAUCCUCCCAGACGCCUCUAAAAAAGAUAUUGAAAAGUAUUCGCAACAACUUGAGGACGUCGAAGACUUUGACCCCGUAUCUCUCUCGCUCUACGAUCACGAGAAACAACCUCAACAACUCUUCUAG